AUGCCGGUUGCUAAGAGUUUGGCCAAGGUCACCAAGAACCUCCAGAACUCCCGCGGGCAGAUCCAUCCAAAGGGUAGAAAGUUCAAGCAGUUGGCCAGGGCCACGCUUAGAGACCAGAAACUCCAGGUCUCCAAGAUCAAGGCCACGGAGAAGAGACAGAACGAGCUUUUGGUCGUCAAGUUCCUCCAGGAGGCCCUCACCACCAGGCCCCAGACUGCCUUCACCUUGGAAGACAUGAAGUUGUUCAUUGACGCGUACCUUUCCAGGGAUGAUGAAGUGUUGGUCACUUUGCGCGCCGAGAGAAGACCCGGUAGACCGGCGGGUGCCCGUUUACAAAUUUUGGAAGAAAAGGUCAAGUAUGAGAAGCUGUUGUUUGAGACCGGCUAUAAGAUCCCUGACUUGUCGAACCCAGAUGUGGUCAAGAGGUUGAGAGAGUGGAACGGGACUAGCGGCGGUGCUUCUAUUUUUCAGUGGAUCCACGUCGCCAAGGGCAUGAAGGAGUUGCCUGUAAAGAAGGACGUCGCUAUGGAGUAG